GUCUAUUGAAUGAUAAGAGCUUUAACGUCUGGAAAAUCAUAUAGAAACUUCAAUGCACCAAGUAGCCAAUAAAUAUUUGUUAUUGAAUUGAAAUGUAUUCGAUUAAUUUAUCAUGUCAUGUCAUUCAACGUGAAGGCUUUUGAAUCGGCUUCAUUUGAUCAUUCAACACCAAUAAUGCCAAGACUAAAUGUAUUGUGUUUAGUGUUGCUAUGUGCGGUGAAUUUGAGUGUUGCUGAAUUUUACAAGUUUCAGAACACUUUGGGCCACCUGAAAGCUCAAACAUCGUCCGAUGUGCAACAAAUUGCAGUGGAAAACUUAAUCAAAAGGAUCCUACCCGAUAGAGGCGGCGAAUUUACCGCAGUGGUAAACAGCAGUUUCAAUUUAAACGGCAAAGAAGCUUUUAAGAUCAGUAAAGUAGAAGGAAAAAUUGCAAUAACCGGAACAACUGGGGUUACAGUAGCUACCGGCUUUAACUACUACCUGAAGUACUAUUGCUCCGCCCAUAUUUCCUGGGAACUUUCCCAGCUGCAGCUGCCUAAAGAAUUGCCAGAGGCUGACGUUUCCAUUGCACUAAAUGACCAGUUUCGCUACUACCAAAACGUGUGCACAACCAGCUACAGUUUCGUAUGGUGGACUUGGGAGCAAUGGGAGAAGCACAUCGACUGGAUGGCCCUCAACUCAUUCAAUUUCGUUCUGGCUUUUAAUGGGCAAGAAGCGAUUUGGGAUCGGGUCUACAGAAAAUUGAACCUGACCAAUACUGAGAUUGACGAACAGUUUUCAGGUCCAGCGUUCUUGUCAUGGUUGCGAAUGGGAAACUUACGAGGAUGGGGUGGGCCUUUAAGUGAAUCUUGGCAUAAUAAGUCACUGAUUCUUCAGCAUCAAAUACUCGACCGAAUGAGGGGUUUGGGAAUCAUUCCAAUAUUGCCUGCCUUCGCGGGGCAAGUUCCCAGAGCAUUUAAAGUGCUAUAUCCUGAAACCAAUAUGACCAAGAUGUCCUUAUGGAAUAGCUUUCCGGACAAGUAUUGCUGCCCAUAUUUCAUCGACCCUAACGAGGAACUUUUCCAGACAAUUGGCAAGCUGUUCAUCGAAGAAGUAAGAGCAAUUCAAAUUGCUGAAUAUGGCACCGAUCACGUAUACAAUUGCGACAGUUUCAACGAAAUGGACCCUGGAAAUGGUGAUUUGACUUACUUAUCCAACGUAGGAAAGAGCAUUUACCAAGCCAUGACUUCGGCAGAUUCGGAUGCAAUUUGGGUUAUGCAGGGUUGGUUGUUCGUCCAUUCAUUUUUCUUCUGGACGACCGAUAGAGCUAAAGCCUUGUUAACUUCUGUGCCUAAAGGAAAAAUGAUCGUUCUCGAUCUGCAAUCCGAACAGUUUCCCCAGUUCACUCGUCUGGAGCAGUACUUUGGACAACCGUAUAUCUGGUGCAUGCUGCACAACUUUGGAGGCACUUUGGGAAUGCAUGGAUCGGCUGAUACCAUAAACACCGAUGUGAUCGCUACUAGAACAGCUUUAAACUCUACUAUGAUCGGAACCGGUCUUACCAUGGAGGGUAUUAAUCAAAACUAUGUGAUUUACGAUCUCAUGAGCGAGCAGGCUUGGCGAUCUGAACCAGCUGAUUUGACUGAGUGGUUCAGAAACUAUUCCAGACGACGGUAUGGAAAACAAGACGAAAAUGCCGAAAGAGCUUGGCAUGGGUUUCAGAACACCUUAUAUAUCUUUAACGGUCUGUAUCGAAUGAGAGGUCAAUUUGCUGUCUCCAAAACCCCCAGCCUGGAUAUAUCCACGUGGACUUGGUACGAAUAUUCCGAUUUAUUUGAUGCAUGGAAAGCUUUACUAAUGGCAUCCGAUAACUUGAAGGACAGUCCUGGAUAUCUGCACGAUGUAGUGGAUGUAACCAGGCAGGUUUUGCAAAACAAUGGUGAUAUCUACUACAAUAAACUAGUAGAAGCUUUUACGGCAAAAAAUAUCAGCGAAUUCCAGAAGUUUGCAACAAUUUUUCGGGGUAUCUUGCUGGACCUAGAAACGAUUCUGGCAACGAACGAGGCCUUUUUGCUUGGAAAAUGGUUGGAAGCAGCCAAAGGUUAUGCGGGCGAUAUCAAGGAAGAGAAACUGUUUGAGUACAACGCAAGGAACCAGAUUACUCUUUGGGGCCCAUAUGGAGAAAUUAUGAAUUACGCCAUUAAACAGUGGUCUGGUUUGGUACAGGAUUUUCUCUACCCGAGAUGGGACGAAUUCAUCUACGCGAUGAACUUCAGCCUGGUCUACGAUACUGAAUUUCUCGAAAAUACUGUAAAGGUGCUGAUUUUUUUCCUUUAUGAGGAACCUUUUGUGUACUCUCGCAAGGUGUACACCACUGAGCCUGCAGGUGACUCUAUUCAGAUUGCAAAAAUAAUUGAGGGCAGAAGUUGGUACAGUAACAGCACAGAUAUACCUGACAUGAAGAUAAUUCCUGUACACAAUCCAGAUCGUCCGGACAUAGGUUACCCAUUGAUCUACGAACGUUGAUGAAUUAUUUCAUUAAAGACGCAAGAACAACAAACAACAAAAAAGAAAUACUGUAACACCAGGAGCAAUCAUUAAUAAAUAUGCUUGCACAAUGGAUGAUUAUGAGUUCAAAUUACAUAGUUUUCAGUUGCUUUAUUCUAGUAUAAAAUUGUUAACUUUUAGCAGUGAAUGAACAAAAUAAAUUUAUAGAUUGUAAAA